AUGACAACUCUUGUUCCAGCAACCCUCUCCUUCCUUCUCUUCUGGACCCUGCAGGUUCUCCUCAGGGUGGCCUUGGCAAAAGAAGAAGUCAAAUCUGGGACCAAGGUGUCCCAGCCAAUGUCCCCCUCUGAUUUCCUGGACAAGCUUAUGGGGCGAACAUCUGGAUAUGAUGCCAGGAUUCGGCCCAAUUUUAAAGGCCCACCUGUGAACGUGACCUGCAACAUCUUCAUCAACAGUUUCAGCUCCAUCACCGAGACUACCAUGGACUACCGGAUGAACAUCUUCUUGCGGCAGCAGUGGAACGACCCACGCCUGGCCUACCGAGAAUACCCUGAUGACUCGCUGGACCUCGAUCCCUCCAUGCUGGACUCAAUUUGGAAGCCAGACCUGUUCUUUGCCAAUGAGAAAGGGGCCAAUUUUCACGAGGUGACCACAGACAACAAGUUGCUGCGCAUCUUCAAGAAUGGAAACGUGCUCUACAGCAUCAGGCUGACUCUCAUUUUAUCCUGCCCAAUGGACCUGAAGAACUUCCCCAUGGAUAUCCAGACCUGCACGAUGCAGCUGGAGAGCUUUGGCUACACCAUGAAUGACCUCGUGUUUGAGUGGCUAGAAGAUUCUCCUGCUGUCCAAGUGGCUGAGGGGUUGACUCUGCCCCAGUUUAUCUUGCGGGAUGAGAAGGAUCUAGGCUAUUGUACCAAGCGCUACAACACAGGGAAAUUCACCUGCAUCGAGGUAAAGUUUCACCUGGAACGACAGAUGGGCUACUAUCUGAUUCAGAUGUAUAUCCCCAGCCUACUCAUCGUUAUCCUGUCCUGGGUCUCCUUCUGGAUCAACAUGGAUGCUGCCCCUGCCCGGGUGGGCCUAGGCAUCACCACUGUGCUCACCAUGACAACUCAGAGCUCUGGCUCCCGGGCCUCUUUGCCUAAGGUGUCCUACGUGAAGGCAAUCGACAUAUGGAUGUCUGUGUGCCUCCUCUUCGUGUUCGCUGCCCUGCUGGAGUACGCUGCUGUCAAUUUUGUCUCCCGUCAGCAUAAGGAAUUCAUGCGACUUCGAAGAAGGCAGAGGCUCCAACGCAUGGAGGAAGAUAUCACCCGAGAAAGUCGCCUUUAUUUCCGUGGCUAUGGCCUGGGCCACUGCCUGCAGGCAAGGGAUGGAGGUCCAAUGGAAGGUUCUGGCAUUUAUAGCCCCCAACCUCCAGCCCCUCUUCUAAGGGAAGGAGAAAACAUGUGGAAACUCUACGUGGACCAGGCCAAGAGGAUUGACACCAUCUCCCGGGCUGUCUUCCCUUUCACUUUCCUCAUCUUCAACAUCUUCUACUGGGUUGUCUAUAAAGUGCUACGGUCAGAAGAUAUCCACCAGGCACUGUGA